AUGAAUGCUCGUGCAAUAAUCCAUCUGGGAGCCUUGGGUCCAAGUCCAGGCAGUGGGGAACCUGCGCACCCACCCGACUGGCUCCAGAGCCCUCCACGACCUAGCUGGAGUAAGGUUAAGCUUCAUCGCCCGCCUGCUUCAAAGGAGCUGGCUUGCGCGGUGGCGCGCUUGGUUCCGGGCCAACAAACUUCUCCCGGACCGUGCGCGCCGCCUCCCUCCUCCCUAUCGCGGUGGCUGCGGCGCCGGCCGGAUUCCCGCAGAGCCGAGGGCCGCGGACGGAGGCGGGGCGGCGUCCCCUUGCGCCUGGACCCUGACGUCCCAGCGGCGGCGGCCGUGGCAGUGAGGACGGCGGGGACGGCGGCUGCGCUCCGACCGGACGCGCUGCGCACUCUGCGGGUUGAAGAAGGCACAGGGCCGGGUACUCGGGGACCAGUCCCGGAUUCUCGCCCCUGUCAGCCCAAGACUGGCUCAGGAACCACCGUAGGGGUCCAAGUGGGUAACUCCAUGGGGAACUCGGGCGUCCGAGAUUGCGCGUCCUGGCUUUCACCUCUCCCGGCACAGCAUCCCAGCCCCAAACCACAGCCCCGCAGAAUUCGUAGCUUGCUCUGUGUGUACUCCCGUGGAUUCUCCUUCAGUGACCGUUCCACCCGCAUCAGCAUCGCUCACACUUCUGCUUUCCCAAACCCAACCAGAAAACCCACCGAGAACUAAAGUGGAACGCGCGAGCCCGCGUGACCUGGACGCACAAACACGAACCACAUUAUGGGUAGCGUAUCAAAGUGGCCUGAUCUGGCCAAAUGCACUCAGUCCCCUCGGCUGGGAGCGUGGGAAUGCGUAACCGCAGGUGGGCAGAUUUACUCCCGAAAUAUGUGCACAUGUGCAGUACCGUUUUGACAUUUUCUUAAAAAGCAGAUGCAGGCAAAUGACCAGAAUCAGAGCAUAUGGCAGAGACCGGGCUUGUGUGGGAGACAUCAAGCAAAAACGGUGGUAGAACUGAGCAGCUUACCUUGGGUUGGUGUCGGAGCCCCUGGGAGGCGCGGUGGAGUCCGGACAGAGCUGCCGCACCACCGCGGAGUGGCCCGCGCCAGCUCCCAGCGAGUGGAAGCGGGACGCAUCUCUGCCCUUAUUCGUCCCUCCAGUGUGACCCUCCCACUCGGUGAGCACGGAGGACUCCGCAAGACAGUCUUCAGCCAACUCGUGCCCAGGUUUUCCUUGAUCACACAGAGCUGGGAAUUAGGUCUUUUAGGUUUCUGUUUUAAUAACAAUAUCAUAGAGGCAAUGACAGUUGGAGGCAGACCCUUUCACACUUCUGACUAUGAAGAGUCCUCAAAGUACAAUACGUGGCAUACGUUCACAGGUAGAUAACUGG